UCUUUUUUUCUUUUUAAGACAGAGUAUCACUCUGUUGCCAUGAGUAGAGUGCUAUGGCAUCAUAGCUCACAGCAACGUCAAACUCCUGGGUUCAAGUGAUCAUCUUGCUGCAACCUCCCAAGUAGCUGAGCCUGUAGAUGCCCACCACAACACCUUGCUGUUUUUAGAGACAGGGUCUCGCUCUUGCCCAGGCUGGUUUAGAACUUCUGAGCUCUAGCAGUCCCUGCCUCGACCUCUCAGAGUGCUAAGAUUACAGAUGGGAGCCCAGCCUCAGUUGCUUCAUUUAUAAAAUGGGUUGCAUGAUGGAAUUUGAACAUUACUUCAAGAGGUUUUAUAUUUUGGAUUAGUUAAUUGGGUUUGUCAUCUGACUAUUUCUUUGGACUCAUUUUUUGGUGUCCUUUUGAGGCAUUAAAUUCAAAGAGAUUAUACCAUGGACUACAAGGAAAGCUGCCCAAGUGUAAGCAUUCCCAGCUCUGAUGAACACAGAGAGAAAAAGAAGAGGUUCACUGUUUAUAAAGUUCUGGUCUCAGUGGGCAGGAGUGAAUGGUUUGUCUUCAGGAGAUAUGCAGAGUUUGAUAAACUUUAUAACACUUUAAAGAAGCAGUUUCCUGCUAUGGCCCUGAAGAUUCCUGCCAAGAGAAUAUUUGGUGAUAAUUUUGAUCCAGAUUUUAUUAAACAAAGAAGAGCAGGACUGAAUGAAUUUAUUCAGAACCUGGUUAGGCAUCCAGAGCUCUAUAACCAUCCAGAUGUCAGAGCAUUCCUUCAAAUGGACAGUCCAAAACACCAGUCAGAUCCAUCUGAAGAUGAGGAUGAAAGAAGUAUUCAGAAGCUACACACUACCUCACAGAACAUCAACCUGGGACCAUCUGGAAAUCCUCAUGCUAAACCAACUGACUUUGAUUUCUUAAAAGUUAUUGGAAAAGGCAGCUUUGGCAAGGUUCUUCUUGCAAAACGAAAACUGGAUGGAAAAUUUUAUGCUGUCAAAGUGUUACAGAAAAAAGUAGUUCUCAACAGAAAAGAGCAAAAACAUAUUAUGGCUGAACGUAAUGUGCUUUUGAAAAAUGUGAAACAUCCAUUUUUGGUUGGAUUACAUUAUUCUUUCCAAACAACUGAAAAGCUUUAUUUUGUUCUGGAUUUUGUUAAUGGAGGGGAGCUAUUUUUUCACUUACAACGAGAAAGGUCCUUUCCUGAACACAGAGCUAGGUUUUAUGCUGCUGAAAUUGCCAGUGCAUUGGGUUACUUACACUCCAUAAAAAUCGUGUACAGAGACUUGAAACCAGAAAAUAUUCUUCUGGAUUCAGUAGGACAUGUUGUCUUAACAGAUUUUGGGCUUUGUAAAGAAGGAAUUGCUAUUUCUGAUACCACCACAACAUUUUGUGGGACACCAGAGUACCUUGCCCCUGAAGUAAUCAGAAAACAACCUUACGAUAAUACUGUAGAUUGGUGGUGCCUUGGUGCUGUUCUGUAUGAAAUGCUGUAUGGAUUGCCUCCUUUCUAUUGCCGAGAUGUUGCUGAAAUGUAUGACAACAUCCUUCACAAACCCCUAAAUUUGAGGCCAGGGGUGAGCCUCACAGCCUGGUCCAUUCUGGAGGAACUCCUAGAAAAAGACAGGCAAAAUCGACUCGGUGCCAAAGAAGAUUUUCUUGAAAUUCAGAGUCAUCCUUUUUUUGAAUCACUCAGCUGGACUGACCUUGUACAAAAGAAGAUUCCACCACCGUUUAAUCCUAAUGUGGCUGGACCAGAUGAUAUCAGGAACUUUGACACAGCAUUUACAGAAGAAACUGUUCCGUAUUCUGUGUGUGUGUCUUCUGACUAUUCUGUAGUGAAUGCCAGUGUUUUGGAGGCUGAUGACGCAUUCCUUGGUUUCUCUUACGCACCUCCUUCAGAAGACUUAUUUUUGUGAAUGGUUUGCCAUUCAGAAACUAUAGAGCAAAUACAAGCCACGGAUGGGACUGAAACUCAUUUCUGUGAAUAUAUUCAAAUAUGUAUAACUAGUGCCUCAUUUUUACAUGUAAUAUUGAAAAUUAUGGAAAAUGUAUUUUCUGCUAUAUGCAAGAAAAUAGGGCAUUUCAAAGAGCUAUGUUUUGAUUAAAAUUUGUAUUGUUUAUUAAGCUUAUUUUUGAACAAAAAUUUUAAAAGCUAUUAUUCUUAACAUUAACCUGUUUUUAAAGAAAACAUUGUGCUAUUGACUGUUUUUUUCCCUCUAAGUUUACACUAACAUCUACCCGUGAUAGACUGUUUCUUAACAGUCGAUUUAAGUUAAUAUAUACUAACACUUUUGAACUCUUUACUAUGACUUUUGUUAUCAAAUCAGAACUAUGCAAUUAAUACGUGGUUGUUUAUCUCUUUCCAUGAUAAAUCACUGAAACAAUCCAUUCUUGGUAGGAUUAAAAUGUAAAGGCAUAAUUAAUGCAUUGGCUGCUAGUUAACACUUUGAAUAAUUGUUCAUUCAGAUCAUUUAAGAAGUAACAAAAGGAAAUCAUUGCGUUUGAAAUACCAAUUUAAACUUAUGGAUUGUUUUUCUUCUGGAGAAAAAGAAAAGACUUAAAGAUUAGGAAUUUUAAGUAUUCCAAAGAUGUGAUGGUUAAUAAAGUACUGCUGGCUUUUUUUAGGUGGUGCCACAAAUGAAUGUCUCUAAGUGAUAUAUUUAUAUUAUAGAUAAUGUUCUAUUUAUGUUCCUGUUGGUCUUUUGAAUGUUUAAUAUACUAUUAAGUAGUUCUGGAUCUUUGUAUUUGCUUUUGCAAAUAGCCAUUUAAAAACUCUCUUCCAAAUUGGUUAAGAAAAAAAAAUUGAGCUUUCUAAAGUAUUUGCCUAAUUGGAAUUAAAAAGUAAAACAACAAUUUCUGAGCCAAUGUUAAUGUAUAUAAUGUGACACAAGUUAAAAAUAGGCAGAUGCACAUUCAGUAUUUUUUGUAUCUUAGAAAAAGUACAGGAAACUGGCCAUAAAAUCAUAACAUACCCAACUAAGUUGUACACUUACAAGAAAUAAAAGAGAGUAACUAUAGAAAACUUUAAAAGAAUGCUUAAUGUGCAAUUCUGAUUCUUAGUUUAGAGGUUUUUGAAGCCAUGUAGGAAAUAUUCUUGUGAAAGAGGUCAAUGACCCAGUUUAGAUACUCUAAGAACAAACAUUUCUUCUAUGUUUUCUUGAGAAGGAAAUCACCAAUACCCUUUGUCUUAAAAAUGUUCGGCAGAAUGUGGGUGGUAUGCCUUUGUUAGGCUAAUGAUAUUUACAUUCAAUACAAAUACACUGAAUCUUCCUUUAGAGGUGAAGACUUUAACAUCUACACUGUAAAUAUUUGGUUUAUUUGGCACUACUGUAAGUUUUGCUUUUACACAAAGCUCUUUGCUUCUUAUAAAGCAAAAUAAAAAUUGUUGUUUCUUGUAUGAUUUUUUUCUGUGAAGUCAUUCCUUAACUAUACUGCCAAAAAUUAAAGUGCAAUAUUGUAUAUUUUAAGAACAAAUUUAAAAUAGAAUUUUACUGUUUCUCAGAUCAUAAAUACAAAUCUAUAUAGUAUAAUAAAAUUAGCAAAAAAAAUUAAUGAUCAUCUAACAUCUGUCAAAAUUGUUGAUGGCUACAGUGGCUUCCCAACCAUUGUUACAUCAGGAUACACACAGAAAAUCACAAAAUUGGGUUGUCACGCCUGGAGAGUAGUUGCCAAAUGAUGUAGACAUUGGUAGCAUAUGCUCUGCACAGUUUUAAUAUACCAAAAUAAUUUUUGAAUUUAAGAAAUUUAUAAAGAGAGUAAACACUGUACAGGUAUAAUUUCAGCAAUAGUAAAUUUUUUUUUCUUUUUCUUUUUUCUUUUUUUGAGACAGUCUUACUAUGUCACCCUCGGUAGAAUGCUGUGGCAUCACAACUCACAGCAACCUCCAACUCUUGGGCUUAAGCGAUUCUCUUGCCUCGGCCUCCCAAGUAGCUGGGACUACAGGCACCUGCCACAAUGCCUGACUGUUUUUUGUUGUAGUUGUUGUUGGCAGGCCCAGGAUGGGUUCCAACCUGCCAGGCCCAGUGUAUGAGCUACAGGAGCCAAGCCUUUAAUGUAAAUUCUUUUGCAGGAAUCGGUCUCAUAUUUUUUCUAAUAUAUUUUUCGUAAUUUAUUAGGGAGAAGAGAUUUCCACUUUAAUUUUAGUUAAAUCUUUGAGAAAAAAGUCUACAAUGAGUUGUCAAUAUUUAAAUAUUUGUGUUUUAAUGAUUGUAUUAUGGAAUCCAGAAAGCUUAUAUACAGUAAAAUCAACCCACUCAA